CUCUCCCCAGUUGUCGCCGCGCGCGCACACUGGCGCACACCGCCGCUCGCCCUCGCACGUUGCGCGCGAGUCCCGGGGGAUUUCUGCGGGAAUUCGGGACCCACCCGGCCAUGGACGACGUUCUCGAGAGCUGGGAGCAGAUAGAGGAGUCCGGCGCACUUGACAAAAGACUGGAGGCCCUGAGGCUGAACACGGUAGAGGAAGAGCUAGAAUCGUCCAGGACCAGCCACGACACAGGCACGAGGAUGAUCAUACUAGGGGAAGACGGCCUCAGGUCCCAGUACGUACCUCCCAAGCCCAUGGUGAAGAUCUUAAAGAGACCGACCGGAGACUCGCGCGGCAGCGGCGACGGCCCGCUCAACGACGACAAACCUAAGCAGCCCAUCAAAUCGCUCAAGCAGCGGGAGCAGGAGUACGCGGAGGCGCGCAAGAGGAUCCUGGGCGAGGAGAAGAGCCCGGAGGAGAAGACCGCGCAGGAGAUCAACAGAAUUCAGGCAAAGUCGGGCGCGCCGAACGGCAACAACGUCCCCAGCAACGUCGUGCGCAUGCCCGCCGGCCCGGACGGCACCCGGGGCUUCAACGUACGCAGGUAGCGCGUCUUCCGCUCGUACGUUUCCACCUAUCUUCCUCCCCGCCUUCCCGCUCGCUGCCACGGGGAAGGCGGACGGCUAUGAGGCCGGUGACACACGGGAAUAGCCUCGCGCUCCCGGACCAGCGCGAACGGGACGUCCCCGGAGCUGCGUUCCGCGACUCGUCAUCACGCCGUGGACUCAGCCUGGCGAGGGUCCGAGAGAGAACGGACUUGGACCGUGCGAAAACGAAAUGCCAAUGUCACUGCGUGCAGUUGGUGCUCUCUCUCUCUCUCUCUUUCUCGCACACGCACAUACA